AUGCAAAAUCUUUUCCGACUCGGUGCCACUUUCGCUCGAUCAUCUCUCGCCGUCAAACCAACACAAAUGACCUCAAGACUGACGCAAUUCCGGAAUUUCUCCGCGUCCGUCUUCGAUAUUGAAUCUUCAGAUGAUUUCAAUGAGAAAGUAAUUCAAUCAGCAGUGCCAGUUAUAGUCGAUUUCCACGCCGAUUGGUGCGGUCCAUGCCAGGCACUCGGGCCAAGACUCGAAGAAAAAGUCAACGGCCAAAACGGAAAUGUUCUGCUUGCGAGGAUCAAUGUGGAUUAUGCUGGAGAGCUUGCAAUGGACUAUGGAAUCUCUGCAGUACCAACAGUUUUUGGAUUCAAGAAUGGAGAGAAGGUGUCAGGAUUCAAAGGAGUUCUUGAUGAUGAGCAGCUCGACGAGUUUAUUGAGAAUCUUCUUGCCGACUGA